CCCGCAGGAACCAUGCCCGGCGUCCUGCCCGGCGACAGCGCCAGGGCCAGCCCCUCCAAGAAGAACAGGCUGUCGCUGAAGCUCUUUCAGAAGAAGGAGGCGAAGCGAGUGCUGGAUUUCAUCGAGGCGCAGGAAAAUGAGCCGAAGGGCGCGGAGUUCCGAGGCGCCGAGAUUGACCAGGUGGUUCCUGCAGCACAGCCCCCCUCCCUUGUCAGCUGUGAGAAAAAAGACAACAUGUUGCCUUUUGUGGGCUUGAACAACCUGGGCAACACCUGCUACCUGAACAGCGUCCUGCAGGUGUUAUAUUUUUGUCCUGGUUUUAAAACUGGAGUAAAACAUUUAUAUAACAUUAUUUCAAAGAAGAGAGAAUCUUCAAAGGAUGAAGGAGAGCAAAAGGCAGAAAAGGGAAGCUGUAAAGAAGAUCCCUUGGCAAGUUAUGAACUCAUCUGCAGUUUGCACUCCUUGAUCCUUUCAGUCGAGCAGCUUCAAGCCAGUUUUCUGCUAAACCCAGAGAAAUACACGGAUGAAUUGGCCACUCAGCCCCGGAGGCUGCUGAACACCCUCAGAGAGCUGAACCCCAUGUACGAAGGGUACCUGCAGCAUGACGCCCAGGAGGUCCUGCAGUGCAUCCUGGGGAACAUCCAGGAAACCUGCCAGUUGCUGAAGAAGGAAGAGCUGAACAAACUGCCUGUGGAAGAGCCUGCAGCUAAACUGGAGGAAAAACCCAAACAAAACUCUGAGAGCAAUGGAUCUGUCAGCCCUGCUGAGGAGGAGGAUCCCACCCUGGGCAACCACGGCGGAGACGCGGCCAAGGAGAAGCUGCUCAAGGGAAACGGGAAAAGGAAAAGCGACGCCGAGGGCGGCAACGCCAAGAAAAAAUCCAAAGUAUCGAAAGAGCAAAUUGCAGCAGAAGAAAAUCAAAGACAAACCAGGUCCAAGAGGAAAGCCACGGGAGAAAAGAUGGAAAACCAAACGGAUGCCAUUGCCAAGUGUUCAGGGGAGAACGAGAGCGCCAAGCCCACGCAGAAAAAGUCGCGCCUUAGGUUAAACUGGUUAAAAUCUUCCUGCAAACAGCCCAGUAUUCUGUCCAAGUUUUACAGUCUAGGAAAGUUAACUACAAACUUGGGAUCCAAAGACCCGGGGAAAGAAUAUGACUGUGAGUUUGAAGAGUCAGCUGUCAAGUGUGAAAAUGGUGACAGUAAAGAAGAAUAUCAUGAACCAGCGUCUCCCGUGGAAGGCCAUCAUGGAAAAGGAACUGAAAAAGAACCAAAAAAGGAAGGUACAGAGCUGGCUGUCUUCGAGCUGGUGGAGAAACUCUUCCAGGGCCAGUUAGUGCUGAGGACGAGGUGCUUGGAGUGCGAGUGCUUCACGGAAAGGAGGGAAGAUUUUCAGGACAUCAGUGUCCCAGUGCAAGAAGAUGAACUUGCUAAAAGUGAAGAGAGUUCUGAAAUUUCUCCAGAGCCAAAAACAGAAAUGAAGACACUGAAAUGGGCAAUUUCCCAGUUUGCCUCAGUGGAGAGGAUUGUGGGAGAGGACAAAUAUUUCUGUGAGAACUGCCACCACUACACGGAAGCCGAGCGCAGCCUUUUGUUCGAUAAAAUGCCUGAAGUGAUCACAAUUCACUUGAAGUGCUUUGCUGCCAGUGGCUUGGAGUUUGACUGCUACGGGGGCCUGUCCAAGAUCAACACCCCACUGCUGACACCCCUGAGGCUGUCCCUGGAGGAGUGGAGCACCCGGCCCACCAACGACACCUACGGGCUCUUCGCCGUGGUCAUGCACAGCGGCAUCACCAUCAGCAGCGGCCACUACACGGCCUCGGUGAAGGUCACAGACCUGCAGAGCCUGGAGCUGGACAGGGGCAACUUCCUGCCCGAGCCGGGCUACGCCGCGCUCAAGCCGGAGCCGCUGACCGAGGAGGAGGCGCGGGCCGUGGCCGAGGACUACGAUGACGGAGAGGUCUCCUUCAGGCUCAACGGCGCCGUGCCGCCAGGCAAGGUGCUCAGCAAGAAGAACGUGGAGGCCGUGGGACUGCUCGGGGGGCAGAAGAGCAAGGCUGACUGUGAGCUGUGUGCCAGCAAACAGCCCAACCCCGAGAAGCUCCUCAGCGUGGCUCCCGAGCCCCGCAGCGCCGAGCCCAGCGCCGAGCCCGCGACGGAGCGGGGCGAGCCCCCGGGGCUGGGAGCCAAUGGACUGGAGAACAAAGCUCUCUAUGUGCUCCAGAGCCUCAAGGAGUACGAGGGCAAGUGGCUGCUCUUCGAUGAUUCUGAAGUGAAGGUCACAGAAGAAAAGGACUUUCUGAAUUCUCUUUCUCCUACAUCGUCAUCGACAUCGACUCCGUACCUACUGUUUUAUAAGAAAAUUGUAGAGUGAUGUUGUACCUGGACUGUAAAUAUUUGGGAUUUGCAUCCAAACUACCUGGAAGGAACAGCUGUUUGUUUUUUGAAGUUACUGAUUCUUCAUCGUUCUGGUCUUUCCCCCCCGCUUUGGUGUCAAGUGGCUCGACUUGAAUUAACAAAACAUGACAUAGGACUCUACUCACACCAUAACGUUUCUGCUGGAGAAUAGUGCUCUGACCUUUUAGAAAUACCAGUUUGUAUAGAUUCUAAAUGAUGCCUACAGCACCCAGUAGUGGUUUUAAUGCAGCUCUAGGUCUCAGACAUGCCAAUUGUAUUACUAGCUUUUUUUUUUGCCUUUUCUUUCUCCCCUUUUUAUUUUUUUUUAAAUAAAAGUUAUUUGUAUUCAUACCCUGGAGUAAAUGUAUAUUAACUAGCAAAUUUCAUCAGAAGUUGUGUAUUUUUGUAACUUGGGAAGUAACACUUCAUAUUUAGUCUUUGGGUAAUGGACGUGGUUUAUUCUCCUGCUCCAGUUCUUUACUGCUCCUUGCAACUUGAAGCACAAGGAAAAGGGUCUGGGAAUGUUGUCCAGAGCAUUGGAGGGAACUGAAUUCAUGCAAGUGUUUGACUGGUCUAAUUUGCAUAGGUGUUAAUGAGCAAAGUGUAAAUAGGUGUGAUUAAUCCUUCAAACCGGAGGCAGAGUGUAGUGUAAUUAAAAAAAUUUUGUACUUUAAGGAGUGAAGCCCUCAAAUCUGCAUCUUGGUUUGGGGUGGUUGGGAAUUAGUGGUGAUGUUCCAAGUAAAGUUAAUUUGAAAUGUGGGGGGAAAAGAGAGCAUUUGGCUUUGAUGCUUUGUU